GUUAAAUGAUCAUGAAAUUGCCUUCUUACGAAAAUGGUUUAUCCGUCGAAUUUCAAGUUGAUGCAUCAGCAAGUGAACAAUCUACAUAUGAUCAAGAGACCACAUCAAGCAAUGUAGAGAUGUUGGAGAGGAGAAACGUUUGCAACUCAAUACUAGGAAUUGAUCCAAUCUUCCUUCGUAUGGUUUUGGCAGAAGCAUUAGGGACAUUUUUGCUAAUGUUUUGUAUAUGUGGUAUGAUGGCAAGCAUGGAAAUAAUGGGAGUGCAAGUGGGACUUAUGGAAUAUGCAACCACAGCAGCACUAACAGUAGUAGUUGUAGUCUUCUCUAUUGGCCCUAUCUCUGGGGCUCAUAUUAAUCCUGCAGUCACUUUAGCAUUUGCAGCUGUUGGACAUUUUCCAUGGUCCAAGGUUCCACUUUAUGUAGUGGCACAAGUGGGAGGUUCAAUAUUGGCUACAUAUACAGGAAAAUUGGUGUAUGGAUUAAAAGCAGAAUUUGUGACAACAAAACCUCUACAUAGUUGCACUUCAGCAUUUUUUGUGGAGCUUUUGGCAACCUUCAUUGUUCUCUUCCUAAGUGCAUCAUUGACAAAUUAUGAUCCUCAAUCAACAGGACCAUUAUCUGGAUUUCUUGUUGGUGUGGCCAUUGGAUUGGCUGUCCUAAUUUCAGGCCCCGUUUCAGGAGGAUCAAUGAACCCAGCACGAUCGUUAGGACCAGCAAUUGUUGCAUGGAAAUUUAAUAACUUAUGGAUAUAUGUUAUAGCCCCAAUCAUAGGAGCUGUUGCAGGAGUUGUGUUUUAUCGAUUUUUACGCCUUCAAGGAUGGUCUUGCAAACCUAAUUCUACUCCAACAACUCAUCAACACAUAUAAAGUCCAUCUAACUAAUAAUUUUAGCUUAGUAUAAAACUUUAACUUAUAUUUUAAUGGUAUUAUUUGUGGAAGUUUUCUACUCAAUAAAAUGUAGGUUUGAUUCUUGCAACUUUUCUUUUCCUUAUGUAGGUAGAAAUUAAGUUACUAAAGAAUAUGUAUAUACAUACAUUCUAUUUAGAGCAUUGAUGUAAUGACUCGGACCCGAAAGUUAUUUUUUUUUGAUAA